AUGGACUCACUCGUUCGCGGGAGAAAAUCGCAGGAAUCACGAUUGGAUCGCAUAAAAAAGAUUUUUGCUCGGUUCCGAGCAAGUGAGGAGCUGGACGAUAUAGACAUCCAGACUGAGCUGGACAACCUCCAAGAAGUUUGGAGUGGGUACCUGUCGAUCCACGGACGGAUGGUGGAGGUAUGCAAAGACACCGAAAUUGAUGACCUUCUCGAUCAAUUGGCCAAUUUCGAGGAAGACGUCGUUUUAUUGAAAAAUGGAUUCAACAAAUUGCUAAAAAGGAUGGAUUUCUCCUCCACUCAACACGAGGUCCCGCUAAUGCAAAAUGGCACCGACGCCAUUCGGCAACUCGCAGAACAGCAAGCAGAAUUUUUCCACCAUUUGUCAUCCAAUUUUUCCUUUGUGCAUCAAGCUGCCAACUCGAGCACCGCUGCAACAAGUGUUGAUCAGAACGCACAGAUUUUUUCUGAUAUUAAACUACCGCGCAUGAAUCUUCCAAUAUUUAGCGGUAACAUUCUCGAGUGGCCAUCGUUCUACGAUUUGUUCGACAGUGCUGUUCACAAAAAUCCGAACCUGCAGGACAGUCAGAAGCUUUAUUUCUUGAAGACCAACCUCGCUGGCGAAGCUGGGUCUUUGAUUUCUCACCUUAGGAUCGAGGACGCCAAUUACGCACCCGCGCUUGCCAAACUAAGGGACAGAUACGAUAAGACACUCGAAAUAGCUGCACAGCAUAUACAGCGCUUUCUGGGCCAACCAUCAAUGACGUCUCCAUCCGCCACUGGAUUGCGCUCUCUACACGAUGUGUCUGACGAAGUUGUUCGAGCGCUCAAGGCCAUGAAACGUGAGGGCCGUGAUAUCUGGUUGCUGUACAUCCUCGUUGAUAAAGUGGAUCCCGAUACGAAACAGUUGUGGUUCCAGAAGAAGGCUGACAUGACGGAUGAAGAAAUUACGCUGGACAGAUUUUUGAAAUUCAACACCUACACUCGUAUCCACCAACCAUGUUUCACAUACGAUCUGCGGUUACUGCGCCAAAUCACCGCAUUAGUUAUAUCAGUGCGACAGAAGCUCUGUCAAAACUGCCUGAAGCUACAUGCCGGCGAAUCCUGUAAAUCUGGUAGCUGUAGAAGGUGUAACCAAUUCCAUCAUACUCGUUUGCACGAAGCCUUCCACCCACCAGCCGCUCAAACUGCAACUAGCACGUCAUCCGCUAUGGAGCUUUCCGGUCCCCAUUCAGUGUCUCAAUCACUGGUUUCACACCUCAACCUGACAAAUGACCUUGUCGAUACUAACGUCCUCCUGCUGACAGUUACAAUCAACGUCCAGGACAAACAUGGGAGGCCCCUCGCUUGCAGAGCAAUUCUUGACUGCGCCUCUCACACCAGUUACAUAACCACAGAUUUGUGCGAUAAGUUGGGUCUAUCAACCGCUGACGUCGACUUUGAAUUUGGUGGAAUUUCUGGAACCUUUGGCCAUGCCAGUAAGGGUGCAUUAGUGACAUUUAGCUGCUCGGAGUACCAAAACGUCAUUCCGUGCGUAGUUUUGGAUCGUAUCACGUCCGAGCUACCAAUAAAACCGGUGGACAUCAGCAAUUGGCCUAUUCCCAGUUCCAUUCAUCUAGCCGAUCCCCAAUUCCACCGUCCUGGCAAAAUCAGUAUGCUGCUCGGGAACAAGCUUUUUUUCAACUUGCUCGAACCAGGAACCAUCAAGCUCUGCCUAGAGAACCGGUUGCCUGUUCUUCAAAACACCAAAUUAGGAUGGGUGGUUUCAGGUGGAUACGAAUAUCCCAAACAAUCGGCAGAAUCGAGCUUACCAUUAUGCUUAUUGGCUUCUACUGAUGAUCUUCUAUCGAAACAGUUAAAACAAUUCUGGGAGCUCGAAGAGUAUGCUAACACUAAACCGUACUUCAGUAACCAAGAAACACAGUGUGAGGAUCACUUUCUGAAGCACACUACCCGAAACGAGUUUGGACAUUUCGUAGUGCGUCUUCUAUUCCUGGAAAAUUCCAACACCUUGGGUGACUCUAGGGAAAUGGCAACCAGAAGACUGAUCCAUCUUGAGCGGAAAUUGAACAAAAAUCCGCUUUAA